AUGACGCAGCUUUUCGCUUCCAGCCCGUCCAAUGUGACACCCGAAAAACGAGGAAGUUUCGCCGGCCUCUCCAUCGCCUCGAAGAAACAUCCCAGCGAGUCGAGCCAUUUGCCCACCAAAAUCAAGAACUUUUUCCGCAUCAACAGUUCGGGCAGUAGUUCCUCGCACCAAAGUCAUCAUCACAGCGGCGAUCGCGACCGGGAUAGUCCUUCCGCAAUCACCAAAUCGCCAUUUCGGCAGUCCCGUUUCUUGCCCACUAUCGGCCGCAAUCGCUCAACCACCGUCGCCAGUGAGGGUAAUCCGUUGGACGAGGGUGUGUCUCCUACUGCCACGGCCAAUCCCUACUUCGUUCAUCAGGGGCAGCCUACCCUGCAACAUCGCAACGACGGUUCGGUCCCCUCGUCGCCCCCGGAUACCCCCGAACUACAAGUUGAUGGCGUCUCCGCGGAGGAGCAGGCUACCACGGCCAACAAGGAGGAACUAGCUCGGAAACUCCGUCGUGUCGCUUCGGCGCCAAAUGCUCAGGGUCUCUUUACCCGGGAUGGAGCCGGCGAGCGCCCUCAGACGGCUGAUCUGGGGAAGGAACCUUUGGUACAGCAUGCGAGUGCGAUAGAGUCCCAGCUCAGCUUGCCUGAUGACAAACAGGUGAAUCUGGUCGUCCCCAAACUCGGCAACGACAGCAAGCUCCCCAGUCCGGGUCAGAUUCGGGAUGCGGCGACUUUCCGCAGGACAUAUAGCUCCAAUUCGAUCAAGGUUCGUAAUGUGGAGGUUGGGCCCGGCAGUUUCGACAAGGUCAAAUUGAUUGGUAAGGGCGACGUGGGCAAAGUCUACCUUGUCCGUGAAAAGAAGUCAAGCCGCUUGUAUGCUAUGAAAGUUCUAAGCAAGAAGGAGAUGAUCAAGCGGAACAAAAUCAAGAGGGCUUUGGCUGAGCAGGAGAUUCUCGCCACGAGCAAUCAUCCGUUUAUUGUUACUCUCUACCACUCUUUCCAGUCCGAAGACUACCUCUACCUGUGUAUGGAGUACUGCAGUGGUGGGGAAUUCUUCCGAGCUCUCCAGACACGCCCCGGGAAGUGCAUCUCUGAAGAUGCCGCACGGUUUUAUGCCGCGGAAGUUACUGCGGCUCUCGAGUAUCUCCAUCUGAUGGGAUUCAUUUACCGAGAUUUGAAACCAGAAAACAUUCUUCUACACCAGUCGGGCCACAUUAUGCUGUCGGACUUUGAUCUCUCCAAGCAGUCAGGCCCGGGCGGAGCUCCUACCAUGAUCCCGGGUCGCAGCGGUAACUCGACGACAUCACUGCCCACGAUUGACACGAAGUCCUGCAUCGCCGAUUUCCGCACCAACUCAUUUGUAGGCACGGAGGAGUAUAUCGCUCCGGAGGUCAUCAAGGGGUGUGGGCACACCAGUGCGGUUGACUGGUGGACCCUUGGCAUCUUGAUCUAUGAGAUGCUCUAUGGGACUACUCCUUUCAAGGGUAAGAACAGGAAUGGGACAUUCGGGAAUAUCCUUCGUGAUGAAGCGCAGUUUCCUGAACACGCCGGGGCGCAACAAAUAUCGAACACUUGCAAAUCAUUAAUUCGCAAGCUACUGAUCAAGGAUGAGACAAAACGUCUUGGAGCCCGAGCGGGCGCCUCCGACGUCAAGACGCAUCCCUUCUUCCGGCAAACACAGUGGGCGCUCAUCCGCCAUAUGAAACCGCCCAUGAUCCCGCACCAGGGUCGAGGGACGGAUACCAUCAACUUCCGCAAUGUCAAGGAAAGCGCUAGCGUUGAUAUUGGUGGGAAAAACCCUUCCAAGAUGAAAGGGGUUCCCAUGGAUUCCGGGCUGGCGACCCCGAACGGCGAAAUAUCCGACCCGUUUGAAGAGUUCAACAGCGUUACUCUGCAUCAUGACGGGGAUAUGUAA